UUAAAAAUAACACUCUGAUUCCCACUCCGUGAGGUGUGAUUCUCCAGAAGGCUCACAUUUACCUCUCUCUACCUCUACGUCCCUAAAUAAUUCUUCCAUCUUUCUCUCUCCGUCGUAGACCAUGGCGGGUCUUUACAGUCUCAAUCUCCUCGCCAGUAACUCUCAUCACUCAUCUUCAACGACCACGUUGGAGACUCUUGCCAUUCGGAUGGCUUCUUCCGAUUAUUCUCACUCUCUUACGGAUUUCGAAUCGGAACAUUUCCUGCCGUUUUCGUCGGCGGCCUCCAACACUGCUAUUGUGGCGGAGAAGAUGAAAACAGCUUGUGCUAUUUCCGAGGAGGAGUCCGCCGGUGUAAUUAGAGCGAAAAUUGCUUCUCAUCCUCUUUACCCUAAGCUCGUCGAUGCGUUUUUGAACUGCCAAAAGGUCAGCGCACCGCCGGAAGUUGCUAAAAUUCUAGACCAAUACAACCGUGGUAAUAACAUCGGCAAUGAAAAUCCCGGCGUUUCAACUUGCUUGGGUACUGAUCCCGAACUUGACGAAUUCAUGGAAAUAUUCUGCGAGCUAUUAGCCAAAUACGAGUUGGAUCUGUAUCAGCCGUUGGAGGAAGCAUCUGCCUUCCUUAAGAACAUGGAAAGGCAGUUAAACUUGCUCUGUGAGGACACAACCAGAGGCUACGUUUCCGCAGACAAUGAAGCUGCCUCGGAAGAGGAUAUAAGCGCGCGGGGAGAAGUAGCAGGAAAUAAAGAUGGUGAGCUGAAGGAACGACUUCUACGCAAGUAUGGUGGUCAUAUUAGUAGCUUGAAGCAGGAAUUCUCAAAAACAAAAAAGAAGGAAGGUCUACCAAAAGAAGCCAAACAGAUUCUGCUUAACUGGUGGAACUUUCAUUCCCAAUGGCCUUACCCCACUGUAAGCUUCAAGCCUUUUUUACGGACACAGACAAAGUCGAGUUAGCGGAGUCCACAGGCUUAAACCGAAAACAGCUAAACAGCUGGUUCAUAAAUCAUAGGAAACGGCAUUGGAAAUUACCAUCGGAAAACAUGCUGUCUUUACGCGGUUCCCUUGAUCAUGAAUGAGGUGGUAAACUUCCCCUAAUUCUUCGCGCAUAUUUUUGUGUAUCAGUAUAAGUUUUUAUUUUACUGAAACUGUACUGCAAUCAAGAUGUUUGUAGAGUACUCUUUACCUUCAACUGUACGACCGACUUUUGGUUAAUUGUAAUAAAAGAACCCUCUAGUUUAGUGUCAGUUCGUUAAUUUA